AUGGCUAUCAUUACUGAAUUUCAUAGCGAUUAUUACGGUAUCUACGAUCCCGGAAUUGCUGGCUUCCCCAGGACAUGUCUCCAUUCGUUGCUCGAUCUUAUUUCCGCCACCCCUUCCCUACCGACUCCCAAUCCUGCCUCUACAACGCUACCAGCUGAGCUUAUUCAGCUCCACCGGGACGCUGCAUUGGCCUGGCAAUUGCUUCAUCGGCUAGCCGCAAAUACCCGAACUUCUAUGCCUCUCUUACGCUUUUUGCGUGGCAAUCACGACUUUUUGGCACACCACAUGCACGAGCUAGUUACACAGGCUGACAGCCAGGCAGCGCUGGUAGAAGCUCGUAACCAAUCUAGCUGGCCAACUGGAGUUGCCAAUAUGAUUGAUUCGACUCAGCUAAACCAUGGGCAUCAACCAUAUACCAACCAGGGUGGGUUGAAAUAA